AUGGGAAACUGCUUCUUUGGGGCCAUGUCAGAUCCUGAUGCGGUAAUCAAAGUAAUAACAUCAAACGGUGGCAUCAUGGAAUUCAGCGCUCCAGUAACAGUGAGUUUCAUCACCAAUGAGUUUCCAGGGCAUGCCAUAUUCAGAAGCCACGACCUCUUUUGGAAGCCACUUAGCCAAUUCGAUGAGUUAGAAGCAGGUCAAUCUUACUAUUUGUUACCACUUAACAACAACAAUAUAGAGACCCCAUGUGGUGGUGGUGGUGAACAUGUUGUUAGACAAGGCCAUGUUAGAUCUCAUAGUGUUCCUACAACAUCUUGUGCUUCCUUAUAUAGAAUGUCCUUGGACUACCAGCACCACCUGGGAAUGGGACUGCUCAAGAGGUCCUCCAAUGAAGCUGUCUCUAGCAGAAGCAGUGCUAAUAAUAGCUGCACCACUGGUGGUGGUAGCAGUAGGUUUUGGAAAGUGAAAUUGGUGAUCACCCCAGAACAGUUGUUGGACAUUCUGGCGCAAGAGGCUCGCACCAAGGAGUUGAUAGAGAGUGUAAGGAUGGUUGCAAAAUGUGGAAUUGGUGGUGGUAUUCCAUCUUCAGCUGCAGGUAUGGUUUCUGAUCAGUGGAGCCUUUCCAGCACCAGUUGGAGUAUUUCCUCAAAGAUUGAUGCCUUAGUAGGCAUUUAA